AUGGCCGACUUCCAGAACAUCGCGACUCAGUUCGUCCAGUUCUACUACAAGACCUUCGAUGAGAACAGGGCACAGCUUGCGUCGCUUUACCGCGACCAGUCCAUGUUCACCUUCGAGUCGAACUCGAUCCAGGGCACCGGCGGCAUUAUGGAGAAGCUGACGAACCUUCCCUUCCAGAAGGUCGUUCACCAGGUUGCCACCCUGGACGCCCAGCCCUCCACCGAGGAUGGCGGUAUUCUCGUCCUUGUCACCGGCGCUCUGCUCGUCGACGAGGAGCAGCGCCCCAUGAGCUACACCCAGGCUUUCCAGCUUCGCCCCGACGGCGCUGGCAGCUACUUCGUCUUCAACGACGUUUUCCGUCUCGUCUACGCCGCAUAG